AUGGUUCCUGCGCCGUCGCCCCGCUCUACGGGCUUGCGGCCGCGUCGCCCCUUUCCACUUAAAGAACUCUUCAGUUCCCUCGUCCUCUGUGCACCGAUCCUCUUCAGCGCCGCCGCGUACGCCCCAGCGCCUCUUGCCGAUUCUGCCUUCCUUGGACUGCCGUGGCAGCCACGAACGCGCCUGGACGCACCAGCCGGGGAAGGCCAAGAACGCGCGGCCGACGGCGCAGCAUUCGUGACACAAGUCGACGCGAUUGAAAGUGGAACGCGAACUGCACGCCUGUCUUCCGCUUUCUCCGAAGGAAACGCGACGGCGUUCACCAGUCUUCCACAGGAUCGAGAUGCUGAGCGCGCAGGAGCCGAGAGCUCCACUGGGGGCGCCUUCGCGCGUUGGGAAGACGCGCAUGGUGUCUUCGAAGGCCGCGAGGGAUUCCCCAGGGAAACUGCAGCCUUCUUGGCGGGUCAGGGGCGCGAGUUCAGUGCGUUCGACGCGGCGCGACAGGCGCUGCGUCCAGGCGAGGACCGUUUCGCAAACCCAGCCGCCGGGCGGGAACGGGGACUUGUCAGUGAAGUGGGAAAAGCGGCGGAUCUGCGCCAAGGCGAAGAGAUCAGGAACGAGCAGCAGCCAAACGCGGCCGACGAGAAGCCGAGACGUUCGCCCCGGCGCGCGAGGCGCUCUCGCAGUCGCCGAUCGCGCGCCGUGCGCGCUCGGGAGACGCGGACGGAGAAGAUGCUCCAGCCUGCCUUCCUCGCCGCGGUCCUCGCCGCGGGUGUCUUCGCCGUCAUCAUGUCCGUGACGACGAUGCACGAGGAGUCUCACGAAGGAGCGGAGACGGCUACGGACGACGAGCAGGCCGCAAAUGAAGAGGAAUCGGAGGAAGAGGAAUCGGAGGAAGAGGAAUCAGAGGAACAGGAAUCAGAGACAGAUGCCUCGGAGAAGCCGGCAGGCGCCGACGCGAGAACCCGUGAGGCCGAGCAGGGCACUCAGUCCCGGGCAUCUGACGGUUCGAUUCGCGCUGUGCGGAAGACCGGCCUCGCGGGGUUUCUUGAGUCCGUGGACACGAUCCGAGCGAAGGCAUCCGCGCGCGUCAAACAGGCGCUUGAGCACCCGAACGUGGUGGCGGGCGUCCAACUUGUUUGGGCAUUGUACCUCGCGGUCUACGCCGCAGCCUCCGUUCUGUAUGACUUUUGCCACUCUGUGGCGUCGAACGCAGUCGCGCAGGCCCUCGCAGAGUUUCUCCUCGAAUUCAUCCCGCGCAUGCUCAUCGCGCUGGAACGUCUUUUCUCGGUCAUCGCGGUCCGGAUGAGCUACGCGGCUGUCAACAGGCUAGUGCAUGAGGAGAAAGGCGAGGCGGCGCGGAAGCUCAAGCGAAUGCUCAGCUUGCAAGACGACGAGGAAUCCGCAAGGGAUCUGAUAGUCGAGGAAACCGAGGCCGACGGGCCAAGGAAACCGCAACCCGGUCUGCCAAAGAAGCCCGAACGCGCCGUAGAUGUCGUGCCGUGA